AUGGCGUCUACUGUGUUAUGUUGCGUUGUUGCUUGGGUGGUUGAGAUCCACAGGAUUAGGAAAGUUAUGAGGGCAGGGCUUGAAGAUGACACUUCAGAAAGUACUAUUUCUAUGAGCAUGUUUUGGUUGGUUCCACAGUUCUUCCUGUUAGGACUUAUGGAAGGGUUAGCCGUAGAUGGAUUGAUUGAUCUUUUGGCUGAUAGAGUGGACGAGAAGGAUAAAGAAAUGGCUAAGCAUUAUGGAUCCCACACCAGCGACUUAGUCGUGGGGAUUGGAAAGUUAUUAACCGCUCUUAUUAUCUUGGCAUUUAGGCAAAGAUGGUUCAAUGACAACAUAAAUCUGAGUCGUCUGGUCAAGUAUUACAGACUGCUAACGGUUCUAAGUCUCAUUAGCUUCGUCUACUACUUGUGUGUUGGCUUUUACUUUUAUAGAAAGGAUAAGGAUGACACACAAAACUCUGCCACUGAAGAACAUGAACAAGGCCAUAAUGGAAGUGGAAAUAUGGAAAUGGCGACUGUUUAG